AUGGUGCAUGAGCGACCUAGGGUUCCUUGGACCGGAGAUGCUCACUGCCAAUCCGCAGCCAAUCAUGCAUAUCCUGCUCCUCCUGCGACCAACGUGCCUCCUGCGACCAACUUCCCUCCAGCGACCGCCUUGCCUCCAGCGACCGCCUUGCCCCCAACGACCGCCUUGCCCCCAACGACCGCCUUGCCCCCAACGACCGCCUUCCCUCCUACGCCCAUCUACUUCCCUGCCGCCGCCCAUCGUCACUCCUUCGUCCAGCCUCGCUCCUGCGCCCGUCUUCUUUGUUGUGCCCAUCUCCCUCUUGCGCCCGUCUUCUCUCCCACGCCCAUCUUCUCUCUUGCGCCCAUAUUCCCUCCCAAGAUCGUCCAGAUGCCUAGGUUAGGUUCGAAGAAGACAACAAGCCCUGUCGGUGGCCGCAGCGGUGGCCGCAGCGGGCGGUUCCAGACACUCCUGCCAUACUUGCUAGAACGCCACUACAGCACGACGGCAAACGAGUUCCAGGCAAUCCCUAUCGCAGCGAUCAUUGCUUUCGUUGCCUGCGAAAAACACACCAUCACAUACAUCCGCAAUAUCUCGAAAGUGCCGUCGUCUCUGAAAGCGGUCCUCGAGCCGUACAAAGCAGUCGGGCUCCAGCACGACUGCCAUAACUUCACGUCGAAAGUGAGGACCUUUUGCCCAACCUUUGAGCAUUUGGUUGUCUUGGAGUUGGCUUGCACCGUGUAUCUGAAUAAAAAGGAUGGGGCCCAGGACGAAAUCGAAGACACGGCUGUUCUCCCGAUUGACGACCUUUUACGGGACCUCAAGGGCUUUGAGAAGCAGGGUCACUUCACUCUACCCAGAGCCCAUACCUCAGAGAUAUCGGGCAGCUUUUCUUCCGCAACAGAGGCAGUUCCACAUUCAGGGGGCAAACAUGGACACGAGGGUGACAUGCCCCAUCCGAAACGCCGCGCCCUAGCCAGGCCAGAACGGACGAAUGAGCCAGGCGGCAGACACCCAAGACGACGCUCUUCCGCUGUGUCUGAUCGUUCGACAGCCUCCAGGAUUGCUUUGCCUACACCUCCGUCGCACCAUGAAGAAGGAUCGUGUGACUAUCCAGUCAUUGACAUGGGCCCGGUCCCCGCUCCAGGGUUGGAUCCAGCCCACCAGCACGGUGGCAGUUUGUCUAUUAGCGAUAGCAUCGGUCCCAUCAUGGAUCCGAUCACUCAGGACACUCCGGGGUAUAACACUUGUCCCGGUCCACCACACCAUGAAGGGUCAUGGAUGGAGCAAUUCCCUGCUCCAGGCUUGGAUUCGGCGCACCAGCAUGAUAUCAGUGCCGCCUCAGAUCCGAUCGCUCAGACCCAGGUGUUGAGCCUCUCAAAAGAAAGCGUAGAGCACCUCCUGCGUUUACCAGAGAUGGCAGAGGGGACAUUUCACUUCGGCAAGCCGGAUGGCCUACCGCCAUAUGCCUCACUACGGGUGCCUCAUGUGCUGUACGACAAGAUUGUUGGCUAUCCAGUCCUCAUGCCCGAAUCUGAUCCGAGCCUGGAGCCUCCGCAUGCAGAGAUAUACAUGCUCAAGAAUUCAGAUUUUCGCAAGUUUGCUGCGCAGGAUGGAUACGGAGAUAUUUUCUUCCAUUGUGGCUACAUCUUUAUGACGGUGUUUGACGACGCCUUGCAGCAGACACUUAUUGAAGAAGGUGUGAAGACGAAGGAGAGAUUAGGCCUGCAGACUCGCGUCAUCCUCAACUAA